GGAGAGCGACUGCAGCACAGUGCGAUAGGGUCGUAACAAUAUUACAUACAUAGUGACACGCAGACCGUUAUAUUUUAAUUUCGGAGUGUUUGUUCUGGCGUCAUUCGGAGGAAAGGACAACCUUUGCUUAGAUGGCGAGUUGAUUUCCGGCAUGUGCAGAUGGGACAGUGGCUGCUCUGGACCUCUGUGUUUGCACCCGUGGAAUUGUGGGGGCAGGAAGGGUUUUGCCCGGAAGUACCUCUUCUUAAAACUGGAUAGAGACUAAUGGGGAAGACACCAGUGACCGUAUUGUGUCCUGAUCAAUGAUAGCAGGUGUCCAGGAUGUACUCCCUGCGGAAGACGGUGUUGCUUGUGAUCGUGGCCUCAGUGUUGCUGGUGGCCGCACUGCUCCGCUCCUGGACGCCUAGGACCUACACCACUGUGGACGUGCGGCAGAAACCAGGGAACAGCGCAGACCGGCUCCUGGAGGAGAGGCUGCAGGACCACCGAUACAGCAGCAUACCAUACCACCUGAAGGAGAGCGUAGCUGGCCUGCUCGCCCGGAACGGGUGCGUGUGUGAGGGAGAGGGCGGGGGGGUGCGACUGCCCUUUGCCCAGCUGCUGUUCCCGCGGGUGUCGGCCCACACCCUGCACACGGCCUUCGAGCCCGUGGAGCUGGAGGAGCUGAAACGUCGGCGUACACAGGAGUACCACAGCUUCCAGAUGAGGUCCCAGACGCCUGCCGAUUUGCUUAUUGUAGCAGAAGCCAACAGCCCCCUGCAGUACCCCACCCAGGGGGUUGAAGUGCGCCCCCUAAAAACCAUCCUCAUCCCAGGGUUGGCCCUACAAGAACCACCCAGAGAUCUCCACUUGGUGAACUUCACUGCCACCCUGGGGACGUUCAAUGUGGCAGCAGAAGUGGCCGGGGUGAAACUCAGGGGUGAUGGGGAAAUGCACAUGACCCUGUCCAGCAGCCUGCUGCCGAACCUGAACCGACAGCUGCAGUUUGUCACCUACACCAACACCCUCUUCCACCCCAGCACUGCUGACACAGUGCAGUUUGAGACCAAUGGACACCAGGCAGUCUUCACGAUCAAGAUCCGUCAUGGCGUCACCCCGAAACUAUAUAACCCGGGACCAAAGGGUGAAUACAAUAUCAGUGCACUAGUCACCAUAGCAACCAAAACAUUCCUGCGCUACGACAAGCUGCAGAAUCUGAUUGACAGCAUACGGCGGUACUACCCCACUGUCACCAUAGUGAUCGCAGACGACAGUGAGCACCCAAAGCCAGUGACUGGCCCUCACAUCGAGCAUUACAUCAUGCCCUUUGGGAAGGGCUGGUUCGCGGGGCGGAACCUGGCCGUCUCCCAGGUGACCACCAAGUACGUCCUGUGGGUGGACGAUGACUUCAUCUUCAUGGGCAGCACCAGGCUGGAGAAGCUGGUGGACGUUCUGGAGAGCACCACCCUGGACCUGGUGGGAGGGGCCGUGCGGGAGGCCACGGGCUACACUGCCACCUACAGGCAGACCAUCUCCAUUGAGGCCGGGGAGGAGGAGGGGGACUGCCUGCACAUGCGCAGGGGCUUCCACCACGUCAUCCAGGGCUUCCCCAACUGCGUCAUCACCGACGGCGUCAUCAACUUCUUCCUGGCCCGAACCGACAAGGUCCAACAAGUGGGCUUCGAUCCCCGCCUGGCGCGGGUCGCUCACCUGGAGUUCUUCAUCGACGGCUUGGGGUCCCUGCACGUGGGCUCCUGCGAUGACGUCAUAGUCGGCCACGCCACCAAGAUCAAGCUGCCCUGGGGCCAGUCGGAGAGCGACAAGACGUACGCCAAGUUCCGCUACCCGCCGGCCUCGUCCGACGCCACACACACCAAGAACGGCCUGCUGUACUUUAAGAACCGCUUCCAGUGUUUGACUCAUAACUGAGCCCUGGCCUCAGCUCCUGCUCCCCUCCUUACCAUCCCCGUCUGAGUUGCCAAAGAAGGUCCCUUUCCUGUGCGAGACCCGGAGGCCAUUCCAUUCUUUUUGUUUCUUUUUUGGAAAGACAGUCGGCCCCAGUCAGUUUUAAUGCUGUGAAUAUAACGUUUUGACUCUCCUCCCUACAUGUACCCCAGCCCACAUAAAUGCCAAACGUUCACGAUUCGGACAGACCCGGUCUCCUUCCUGGAGGUGGUGCACCGUGUCGGGAACACCGGAACGCAGGCUCAUCACACGGGCAGGCCCGCGUGGCCGGGCUGCCUCCGUCUCGGCCGUCGACAGUCUCCCAGAAGAGACCGUUCUGAUGCCUGCCAAAAGGUGGCGAUAUGAAGAAAAACAUGUGUCGAGAUGUGUCCGAUGGGCUAAGGCAUUCCUUUACGGCUUUGUUCCAUAACCUUUAGGUUUUUCACUUGUAACCUUUUUUUUGUUUUGUUUAAAACUGCUAUCUCACGGACGGAGAAGGACGAAAGCACUUUUGUGAUGUCCCCCCAUAUUGUCCCACUCACCUCAGAUCCUGUGAGAUUCAACAGACACCCCACCAGGAGUUUGUGCACUCUGCAGAGUUUGUGAAUGGUCACCCUCCAUCCUCCAUACCUCCUAUUGGAUGGACCACUGUUGUAGUGCACCCAAAUGAGGGAGCUGGCUUGACCAAAGCAUGCAUGAUUGUUUCUGGAAAAUACAUCCAAAGGAAUAACAAGAUGGUGGCAGCUCAGAGAAAGCUGAACUGUAGGGACUGUUAGACCCACCAAACAAGAGGCCUAAAUUGGGUUGACCACAGUGCCAUGAGUUGGCUUUGAGACAUAUUGUAGUGUCUUUUUAACUGUUGUUCAAAUGAAUCCGGUCAGUGUAUCUAUCAUUCCUUUAUAGUCAAGUCUGAAGUUGUGAAUAUCCUUCAUAUUGUAUAACUUAAUCAAUUAUACAAGACUGGAGAAUUUGUUUUAUACAUCCUUUUUUCAAGGGUAUGUUGUUACGCAUUUAAUUUUGUGUUGCCUUUUUGUACGUUGACCACUAGAUGGCCACCUUCCAUCAAAAAAGUCUAUUACCAAAAAGGUCCUUUCCCUAUUGUUUUAAAUGACUUGAAGUAAAACAUAGGCUAACUUCAUUAAGAAACCCACUUGACAGGUACAUAAACAUUUUGCUUGAUGAGAAACUAAUUUAGAUUUUUGUCAAUGAAGGGACGUGCUUUUGUUUAAUGUUUUUCAACAAUUAUUUUAUUUUCUGCUCUGUAGGCCAGACCUCUUUGUGAACAGAGAAAUAUGAAGGCAUGUUUUCAGUGGUCCUGGGGUGUAAUUGAUGUGGGUAAUUGCAUUUGAGUGUAGUUGCAUUUGAGUGUAAUUGCAUUUGAGUGAUGGUUUGAGUAAUGGGUAAUUGCAUUUGAGUGAUGGUUUUGCAUGUCGUGUUGUGUAGCAUAUGAUGCUCAGCUGCUCAGUGUGGCUGGGGUUUGCUAGAAUUUCAAGAAACAAGGUUUUCCUGGCAGUGGUGCAGUCACAGCUCAGCAUUACCGUGGUUUAGUCGCAUUUUGUGGUUUUGUUAUAAAAAGGGACCAUAAACAUCCAGGUUACAUUUACCUAAUACAUUUCCUAUCAGCCCUGUGCACUGACAUUCAAACAUAUAGAACACAUUUUUUUAAAGAGUUUUGCAAAAUGACUAGUCUAUGUAUGUGUGUGCAGCUGUGGCACUGCAUAUUUGUUGAAAUCAUAUAUUUUUUAACAAUUAGGAAUUUAUUUUUCAGAAAUGUGAGCGUUAGUUCAGGCAUGGAAGCCAGUCAGACUUAAUACCAGCCUUGCAUGGCUCAGCCGAUGAAUGAUAGACUAUUUGACUUAUGUUACUUUUAUAAACAGGUCUGUGUCUAUCUGAUCAGCCAACAGAGUUAUCUGUAGGUGCUCCUGCAUUUUGAAAGGAAAUACAAGUUUUUAAGCCCAGUGUACAUUGGCAUUGCAGUUUUUGUUAUUUGAAGGCAGAAAAGCUGGGAUUUAGCUCAUCACAUUUAUCUCAUUGGUCAUGAAAUACACUAAUAGAUCCCUUCUGACAUUCUGAUAACCCAUUAUAUAUAAAAAUAGAUUUUAUACACAAGUACUCGCACUAGCCACAGCAGCAAACAACAAAUAUUUGGAAUAUCGUUGGUCAACUUUUGGAAGAUCUAUACAAUGUAUUACAUGUGUAUUUACAAAUAGGGUAUUUGGGUUUGGAUGCAACCCAACUAACCAUGAUUUUAUAGAGACUAAGGCCUUCGCAAUAUGCUCUAUACUUCAUUUUGAGAGUCAAUUCCAUUGAAGAGCUCCUCUUUUACAUUAUUUGUGCACAUAAGCCAGUAAAACAACUCAAACUAAAAUAUUGUUAAAAAAUCUAAAACUAAAUUGACAUUCACUCAAUUUUUUCAGAACUCAAAAAUUAAGAACAAAUCACACUGCUGUCUGAUUGACUUGAGGCCUUAUAUGGAGGAAAGGAAACCGGUGAUUGGUUAAAAACCUCCAUUGAUUAGAUGAGUGGGCGGGGCUUUGUGCCCCGCGCUCAUUUGUAAAUAGUAACGUUAUUUACUUCCAGCAUGCAGCUUCGCACCAUAACUGCCGUGGGUUUUUGUAAAUUGAAGGCAAGCUCCCAUUUAGCAAGUGCCUGCGUUGGAAUAUGAAGCUCACCCAGGCAGUCUGAACACGUGUGUUGCUCACUCCAUGAGAUCAGUUUCAAACAGCUCGGUCUUACUGAUACCAUUUCCACAUCACAGCAGGAUUAGCUAAGGAC